AUGAUAAAUAGAUACACGUUGUAGUUUAAAGAUUACAAACUCGAAGAAAAGUAUUAGGAAAUUUAAUUAAGGGAAAAGAGAAAGCCUUUAGUUCAAAAAAUUAUUUAUUUAACAUUCCUUGUUGUUCUAGUUAAAGGGACAUUUUCUAUAAUCACUUAAAGCCUUGAUGAGAUUUAUGGAACAAUAGGAUAUUUUGUUAGUGAUUUAUGCCUAAUUGCAAUUCUAAUAAUUAAACCUCAAUAUUGUCGCUAUGCAUUAAUGUUUGUUAAUUAUUUAAUGAUGAUCCCUUAUUUGAGAGCAGAUGAUGGCAAGAAUUAAUUUCAUUAUUAAUUAGCCUCUGCCUUAAUAGUAGCAUUUUAAUUUGUAAUCAUUACAUCUGGAGAAUUUAUCGAUGCAUUAAUUUAAGUUUUAUCAAUUUUUUCAAUUUACUUAGCUUAUUUUAUAAUUUACCAGCCUAAUUUUUCUUAUGCAUUUGUAUUGUCAACCUUUUUAAUUUGUUUCUUACUUUUAUUUUCAUUUUAUUAAAAUGUUGCUGCAGAAAGAUCUAAAUUUUAACUUACACUUAUUAAUGAAUAAUGGGAUAAGAUUUUAUUGAGUAUGGUCACAGAACCUUGUGUAAUCUUUAAUUUUGAUCAAUUAAGACAUACUUUUAUUUUAAAAGGAUCCUUUUCUUUUAUUGUUAAAUGUAAUACUAAUGAUGAAUUAAAGAAUUUCUUAAGGAAAUCGAAAUUAACUUUCCAUAAAAAAAUUAAUUUAGAAAAUUUUCUAUAUAAAUAAAUAGAUAAAUUUGACAAAUAAGAUAAUAAUAUUAUUAAUUAAUCACUUAUAAUUGAAUUGAAUUAGAAAGCUCAAGAAAUUACAUAUUCAAUAUUUUCAGGAACCAAUCCAAUAAUUUUGAUAAAAAUGGACCAAUGCAAAUGUAGUAAAAUCAUAGGAGAAUAAUAAAAUUUAAUUAUAGAAUAGUAAUUUCAAUUUAAAUAUCAAGUAUUGUUAAAAAGUAUCUAUCAAUAAUUUAAAAUGAUACUUGUUCAAAAAACUUCAAAUUUAAAAGGAUUAUUUAAAUUAAUUAUUUAUCAUUAUUUAUAAGAAAAAUUGGAAUAAAAAUAAAUCAAAUAAGUUAAUUUAAGCAAAGUUUUCUCAAAUUUAAAAUUACUCUAUACUUAAAAAUCGAUUAUUUUGUCAAAGAAUCUUUUAGAUUUUACUUUCUUGGGGUACAAAGAAGCUCUUUUUCUCAUUUUAAUCGAAAUUUUUGAGUGCAAUAUAUCUAAUUAAGUCUAUAUAUAAAUAAAUACUGAUUUUUAAGAUGAAAAACAAUUCGAAAUGUUAAUUUUUGGUAUAUACAAUGAAAAAGCAUAUAAAAUAUUAAGAUAAAGAUUAGAAAAAUUAUAAGAUUACUUUAAUAAUUUAUACCUUACCUAACAAUGUAAAAAUAUAUUAACUUUUAGAUAUAUCUUUAGUUAUCACUCAUAGCAGCUUUAUUGGAAAUAAGAGAUUUUGA